AUGGUUGCCCAUAAUAACGUUUUACCAAAUGUACAUCUUCAUAAAUGGUGGCAAAGGCAUGUAAGAGUUAACUUUAGUAAGAAUAUAAAAAAAAAAAAAAGAAGAUUGUUAAGAGAAAAAAGAAGAAAAGCUAAUGGAGGUACUCCUAUUGAAAAAUUACACCCAAUUGUACACUGUCCAACUCAAAGAUAUAAUUUUAGAACUAGGCUAGGAAAAGGAUUUACCUUUGAAGAGUUAAAGGGAGCCGGAUUAACUCCUAGAGCUGCACAAACUAUAGGUAUAUGCUAUGACAAAAGAAGAAAAAACAGAUCUGAAGAAUCCUUGACAAAAAAUGUCGAAAGAUUAUUAAAGUAUAAGAACAGUUUAGUUAUGAUCCCACUUAAGAAAAACAAAGCCAAGAAAGGUAUUGGAGGUAUCCCAGCUGAUGCUGAUAAGAAUACCAUCAAAGAAUUCAGAAAUAAGAAACCAUUACUCAGUAUAUUCAAGAAAGAAAAGAACACUAAACCAUUCUAUGAAACUAUUGAAGUAUCUAAAAUUGAUAAAGAAUUUUUGGCCUACAAAACAUUACGUAGAGCUAAAUUGGCUGAAAGAAGAAAGAAUAGAAGACAACAAAAGAAAGAUAUUAAAUUUAAAUCUAAAGAUAAUUAA